CGUACAGGCAUAAUCCAGGACAGCCCUUUAUGUAAGUGACGUAGCCCUCGGUGUGGCCGCCGCUGCUGUGUUGGGCUGAGUGAUUGAUACUUUGCGGGGCGCUGAUCCCGGGGUCCAUACAACAUGUCAAAGGUUACGUUUAAAAUUACUCUUACGGCGGACCCCCGACUUCCUUAUAAAGUGAUGUGCGUCCCGGAGAGCACACCAUUCACAGCAGUAUUGAAGUUUGCCGCAGAGGAGUUUAAGGUCCCUGCAGAAACCAGCGCUAUCAUAACAAAUGAUGGAGUAGGAUUGAAUCCAGCCCAGACUGCUGGAAACAUAUUCCUUAAGCACGGAUCAGAACUUCGACUCAUUCCCAGAGACCGAGUGGGCAGCUGUUAAUAGCUAGACAUCUUUCUAGAAUUUCUUUUGGAAACAUAAAAAAAAAAAAAUAAUAAUAAUUUAUUCUGGGCUUUAAUAAUAAGAUCAGACUCUGAAUUUUAAGUCGGUUUUAAGAUUUAAUUCA